AUGGCACCCGCGAUUACGACGCCUAAACCACUCACAUCAUACUCAGAAAACCCCCCAGAUGGGUCGAAAGAGACCCCAAGAUCGGUGGGACCAGGAGGUGAACAAUCGAUCAGGUCCUUCCUGCACACCACGGCCCGUGACAGGACACCGCAGUGCGAGACGGAGGCUGCAAGCCCGACCAGGGACUCCUCUCCCUCCACCCCAACGAGAUUCUCGCCGUCACCAUCCCGGAUGUCGGAACACCAGAUGUCGCCGGACGGUGAGUGGAGGGCCAUACUGUCUAAUCUGCUAACCAAGGCAGACUUUGAAGCUCUCUCCGACCGCCUGGGCCGCAUGGUCCGGGAGCAGGUGGCCCAAUUAAGAGCAGACCUGUCAAACGUGGAGGCAAGGAUGUCUGUGGCGGAGGCUGAAACCAGGGCGCUUCGAGCAAACCAACACCACAGUUACCAAUCAAGAAACCAACAUGGCCCACUUAACCACGUGGGUAGAUGA